UCACCGAACACAGAGUGCGGAUUGCUUUCCAUGGCGGUGGGAUACAAAGUUUGAUCUGAGGCAUCACUCGGGAUUCUGGACAACAUUCCGGUGUCUCCUUCCGCAACAUCCUUGUCUUCUCUAAGCAACAGUAAUCAACACGAUGAAGGGGCCUCCAGUUAUUCAGUUGUCUCAUACAGAACAUGCAUCCAAAGGGCCAAUUUCCAAUGAAGGUUUUGCUCUGAGUAGCGGUGCCCCUGAUAGUGAGAUUGAUGUUGACUUUGGAACUCCUCAUGUAACAUCUUUAACCCCAGAUCACAGCGAGGUGUCUGGCUAUGGAACUGGAGGUGGCUCAUCAGAUGGAGACGAGGCUGAAUUUAAGAAUGAGACAAAUACUAAAGAGCAAAGUCCAUUUGAGAAGUGUCAGAAAAUGUCUGAAAAGCAUGAUGUUAUACAACAGUCUGGGGUGGCAAGUUCAGUCAGUGAUUUGCAUGAUUCUUCUCAUACCAUAACUUUUACCAUCACUAUUGCUUUUGCCAUACCUCCUACAACCACUAAAGAUGAUCCCACCCAAGACACAAAAAAAAAUCCAAAACAGCAGAAGAAGCUAAUAGACUCUCCCCGGGCUCAGGAAUAUUACCAUUUUGAGUAUCAUCUGCUCCCAGAACACACAGAGCCAACAAAAGCGGAUGUGGUACUGUUCGGUGUUGUGGCCAAGCUCUAUAUAGAACAUGAAACACAGUUACUUAAACCAUGGUUUGAUGAAAAUGGCAGACUCUGGUUGGUAUGGAGCCACAAGAUUGAACUCUGUGUUACAAAAAACACCAUACAUAAAGCAUUAAUGCAUCAGAUCCAGUUGAAAAUCUGGGACACUAAAGACAAAGUGUCACCAAGAGCCCGAUUUGAUAGACCAAAAGCUUUUAGAGUAUCUCAGUAUGGACAAGAGGAUGACUCAAAAGUGAAACUAAAAAUCACGAGUCAAAGGAAACAUUUUGCAGAUGGCCAACCCAGACCUAGUUUCAUUCUUCAUGCAGACCGGGAUGCUGUAGUGUCACCGAGAAAUCUCAGCUCACAAGGACUAUCUUCUGUGACUGAGCAACGGUACUUAUCUGGUACUACUCCAAAGUUAUUCUCUUCCGCAGCUUACCAGAAAUAUCAAGAACAGAGAUUACCUGUUGUUCAUGAUGAUUCUGCAGAUAUGACAGCAGGUUUAAGGCUAAAGAGAGAGUCAGGAGAGACUGAGAAUAUAAAUUUGGAGGCUGCUCUUAGGAAAUACAGAUUAAAUUUAAAAUCUCCAAAAGGACACAAAACAGAUGAUGUAUCAUCAAAGAGUAGAAGGAGAUCUCUAGGAGCUGUUAAACAUGAAAAAAUAUCGAGUGCUCUGUCUACAAAACCAGAAAAGAAAUGUCUCAGUCUGGCCAUGAGCUUGAAGCCUUUCCUUGCUGGAGAACUAUGCGUGACAGAGCGAUUACAUGAUACAUCAGAUAAAGUGUUAGAUGGCUAUAUAACUCUCGUAACAGAUGCACCACUGCUGUCAGAGGAGCAGGAACGAGAAUUUAAUCCAUUGGUCAUUCGCAUCCUGUCUGCCACAUCCCUUCCUACAAAACCUACCCCAAUUCACAUCUUACAGGAGAAAUGCCAGCCUGUGUAUUGCAGUUACAGGUUUCAUGAUCAGCCUUUUUACCGCACACAUUGUCAAGAACAUGGAACGCAUAUUUACUUUAAGGACAUCAAUGUAAUUCUGGCUGGUACUUUUAAUCCCAGCAAGCUACAGGAGUAUCUGAAUGGCCCUCCUCUUGAAAUCGAGGUACAUGAUCGAGACAGGAAAAUCAAACAACAUGAGAGCACUCCAUCACUUUAUGGCAGUGAACCAGAAGAUGAGAAACUGAGUAAUGUUGGUCUUGUGGCAUCCAGAUACACCCUUCAUAAUCAAUUCAAUAAAAGAAUGCAGGAUCCUUAUGGCAUAGCCAAGGUCAGACUGUCUGAACUUGUCCAAGGGGCAAAAUAUUUGAAUAUUUGUGCCCCAAUUGAAAACUGUGAAGCUCCUGAUCCCACCAGACACAGUCCUAAUGCCAUCAAUGGAAAAAUCAGAAUAAUGGAAUCAGUGGAUGAUUCCCAAGAUUCACUCCUUCCAGUGGGACAUUAUCUAGAUUCACAGUCUUUUCUCAAAGUUAGAGUAGAUAUUGCUGUACCUCUUUCUGUGGAAACCAAUGUCUCUGAUAGUCCGUAUAACCGUAUAAUCUACAUUUUUAAUUAUAACAACAGAAAAUUUCUUCACACAAUUAUUAAAGAGAUUACAGACAUCAAUGCCAAAGCUCUGAAUCUGGAUGAUAACUCACUUAAAAAAAAUCAGGAUGUUCUUUACAAGGUGCAUCUAACAAGUGAGCAGAAAAAUGAUACCACUCUGGACGUUAUAACUGGGAUUCAUAUUAUGGAUGGAAGCUUUCACCUAUUUGUUCUGGAAGGACUGAAAGACAGAGGAAUUAAGAAGCUUUGGGAAUCUCUACCGAUCAGGCCUCUGGGAACUGAAGAUGAGAAGGUAGACGUGCGAUAUAAUUCUCAGCUUUCAUUCUGUGACCGAAUUUACAAAGAUCUUGAUGUCUUGUUGUCCCACAUUCACCUUCAUGACGGUCUGUCCUCUAUAAUGAAACAGCCGACUCUGUACAUUAGGGAUUUGGUUCCUAGCGCAUCUUUCCAUGCGCUAUCCAGGCUAAAUUUUAUCUACAACUCCAGCAAACUCAGAGAUGUUGUGCAGAAUGACUUGUUGCCCUCAGCGGAAAUGGUCCUCGUUAUGAGACGCGAGUUUGGAAUUCCAGUUUCUUUGCAAGAUAUUUUUUCUGAAAGUGACAAGUUUUUCAGUAACAAAGUGAUAAAAUCACAGAAAAGAAGUAAAACAUCCCAAACUAAACAAAGUAUGAUGUGCUAUUCAGUGGAUACAUACAACUUACAAUAUAUUAAAUGGAAACAAGAAUGUGACCAAUAUACAGACUACAUCAAGGACAAUAUUGAAAAGAUACAUCAUCUGAGCAGACCUGUAUCAAAGGCUACAAACAAGUAUAUUGAAGUCCCAGAUGACAGUGGAGUGCCUCAUAAUUACAGCUGUCAGACUUUCAAUUCCUUUCAAUGUGCGCAGAAUAUUUUACAGCAAGAAAUGGCAAAAGAGCCAAAGCAGAGAUUUACAUACUCAAGAGAGUAUCAUUCAGCGACUGUGAGCCCUUUAGAUCUUGAUAAAGAAAGGAAGGAGAUUGCAACCGUAUCAAAAAGCAAAUGGAAGACAUGCACGGGUUUUAUAUAUCCUGGAUUCAAAAGCAGCAUCAAAAGCAAUGCACAUCCGAAACAACUCGAUGAUGCUCGUAUUGAUGAUUUAGCUAAGGCUUGGAAAGAGAAUAUUCUGCAUGCAAACAUAUUAAAACCUACUCUUACCCGGGAUCGAUGGAGUUGGGAACAGAGGCGAAGUGACUUUGACCUUUACCUAAAAUACUAUGAUCGUUUUCCGCUGUUUGUACCAGGAGCUGUUCAUCUGGCAGGUAUAAAGCAUCAGGAAGAAGAGAAGCAAGCCAGACAGGUGGAGUAUCAUAAAUGGCUUCAGAACAGCAAAGUGGAAAAUUCAAAAAUGGAAUUUCACCAAAGUUUUCCAAAAACUGAAAUGACAUCACAGGGUAUAUAAAGGACAGAGACCAGCAAAGCCAGUGAGCUGGGUUUUAAAAAGACUUCACUGACAAACUCUGUCCGCACUGUUCUGACCUCACAUUACAAUUUCAGACAAAAAAAUGCUCCCCUUACAUACUGUUUGCUAAGUAUGCUUUCAUUCAAUGUACCAAAAAACAUUCUUCUGUAAAAAAUCAUAAAUGGCAUUGUGCAGUUCACACAGUUCUGCUGUCAGGGUGUCAUAUUGUACAUUUAAAAACAUCUUUUUUUUUUUCUUCUUUUUUUAAUCUAAAGGCUUUUCUGUGACUC